GGGUGGAGGUGGUGGCCAUCUGCUCCGCGCGUCCGAGGAACCCCCCUCCUUCGGCCCAGCCCGGCGCCCGGGUUCCUUCCCCCUCCCUCUUUCCCUGCCUCUCCUCUAGCCCACCUCCUCCCCUCCUUUGCCUCCCCCCUGCGUCCGCCCGGCGUCAUCGCCCCCUUUCCCCUCCCAUCUUGCCGGCCCGCGCACAGCUCGCCUCGGGCCUCCGCGGCAGUCUCCGCCACGAGCUGCUGGCGGUGCCGGCGGGUCCGCAAGGCUCGUGGCAGCAGCCCCCCGGCCGCCCCGGCCAGCGCUCUGACCGCCUGGGGGGAGCUUUGAUUCGAGCUGGGCAGCGCCCCAAGCACCGACUAAGCUUCGCAGGACAAAAGAGAAGAACAAAAUGGAAAGUAUGCUAUUUUGCUGGAUAUUUCUCACCCUUGGGUGGACCCUCAUUGAUGGAUCAGAAAUGGAACAGGAUUUUAUGUGGCACUUGAGCAAAAUACCCCGGGUGAUCAGUGAAAGGACUUUCCAUCUCACCAGCCCCACCUUUGAGGCAGAUGCUAAGAUGGUGCUCGGUAGAGUGUGUGGUAUUGAAUGCCAGAAAGAACUCCCAGCUCCCAGCCUUUCUGAUCUGGAAGAUUCUCUUUCCUAUGAGACUAUCUUCGAGAAUGGCACCCGAACCUUGACCAGAGUGAAAGUUCAAGAUGUGGUCCUUGAGCCCACUCAGAAUAUCAGCAGGAAAGGGGCAUCUGUUAGGAGGAAGAGACAGGUGUACGGCACAGACAGCAGAUUCAGCAUCUUGGACAAAAAGUUCUUAACCAAUUUCCCUUUCAACACAGCUGUGAAGCUCUCCACGGGCUGCAGUGGAAUUCUCAUUUCCCCCAGCCACGUUCUAACAGCUGCCCACUGUGUGCAUGAUGGAAAGGACUACAUCAAAGGGAGUAAAAAGCUAAGGGUAGGAUUGUUGAAGAUGAGAAAUAAGGGUGGUGGCAAGAAGCGGAGAGGUUUUAAGAGGAGCAGGAGAGAAGCCAAUGGUGGUGACCAGCGAGAAGGUACCAAAGACAAUCUGGAGAGAACCAAGGCUGGAAGAAGAAGAAAGGAAUCUCGUCGGGGUCGGGGAGUUGCUGAGGGGAGGCCUUCCUUCCAGUGGACCCGGGUCAAGAAUACCCACAUUCCCAAAGGCUGGGCUAGAGGAGGGAAGGGGGACGCGGCUUUGGACUAUGACUACGCUCUUUUGGAGUUGAAGCGUGCUCACAAGAAGAAAUACAUGGAACUAGGAAUCAGUCCGACCAUCAAGAAGCUGCCUGGGGGAAUGAUCCACUUCUCAGGCUUUGAUCAUGAUAGGGCCGAUCAGUUAGUCUACCGGUUUUGUAGUGUGUCUGAUGAAUCCAAUGAUCUCCUCUAUCAAUACUGCGACGCCGAGUCAGGCUCCACUGGUUCCGGGGUCUAUCUGCGUCUGAAAGAGCCAGACAAAAAGAAUUGGAAACGCAAAAUCAUUGCGGUCUAUUCGGGCCACCAAUGGGUGGAUGUCCACGGCGUGCAGAAGGAUUACAACGUGGCCGUGCGCAUCACUCCCCUCAAGUACGCCCAGAUCUGCCUCUGGAUUCAUGGAGAUAACGCCAACUGUACUUAUGGCUAACAGAAAUCUGCAGCGAGUCAAUGGAUCAUCUAAGUCGCAGAGCACACCAGCUAUGAUUAUGGUAGCAAGAUCACUUCCUAGGUCAUGCCUAGACUUGAACCCUAUCAACAUUUUUAUAAAUUUAGCUUUUCAAAAUUAGAAGAUUUUCAUAUGUUUAAAAAAUACUUAGGUAUAAAUAACCGAAACUAGAUGGGCACCUCAAUGUCAAGUAUAUAUUCUUUACAUGGUGAUAAGUAUCAUUUGAGGGAAGUUUUUUAUUUCUUUCUGCCUUCCUAAGAUUAGACACUUUAGAAACUUCAGACUGGUACCAUAAAUAAUAUGUGAUUUCUUAAUGGACUUUUUCUCAGGGUCCUACUCUAUCAAGAAUCUAAUAGGGUGCUUGCUAGUUGCAUAUUAAAUGUGAAACUGCAUAUAUAGGUACAGAUGGUAACAUGAUUAGAGUCAGGGUAAAGACAAUAACUUACAACAGGCUGUAUUACUUGGAGAUGGACCCAUUCAGCUCAUGCCCUCCGUGUUUAUAUAGUGUUUUCUGUUGGGUCUGAGAAACUUUGGUUUAGUUGUUGUUGUUUUUAAGAA